AUGGCGAACUACCAGGCGUUCCAAUAUCCAGACUACCGUAAUGGAUACCGUGUCCUUGUAGCCAAGGGUGCGGGCGAUGGCAUCGUUCGUCGCGGUCCUGAGAACCUUGCGCCUGCGUUGUCGUACAUGCAGGCGUCCGGUGCUGUCGAUCCGCAUGGCCUAGCUCAGCUCAAGAGUCUGGCACGAUCGAAUGGGAAAGUCGGCUCUGACGCGCGCGCGCGCUUGGCUGAACUAGGGUAUGAGGUACCAUACCUGAAGUCCACCAAGCCAACCAAAAAACGGACAUCAAAGACAGCAGCAAAGACGGGGGCGCCAACGACAGUCCAAGCGAGCUCGGGGGUGAGAAGCGAUGUGGUUAUGCCUGGUAGUGCACCGCUUCGGCUCGGUCCCGGCGUGCAUGAGCCGUCUCAAAACGCAAGAGCUGCAGCGAUGGCAGCCGUUCCGCCGACGACGUAUGGAAUGUCAUCGAAAACAGCUGCAACCAAGGGAGAUGUCCCUCCUCUCAAGAAGCUCUCUGCGACACUACCUGUAAACUCAGUGACUCUUACGGUUACGUCCUCGAAAGCGCCGGUCAAGACAUCCAAAGGCACACGAAAGUCACGAACUGUCGCAAGUCGGCCGGUGGACAUAAGCCCGAUCCCGGUGCCAGUAGCGCCUACAUUGACUGGCGCGUCGGGCAUGGUCCCAGUGCCACGAGCGCCUUUGCCAGUGACUGGCGCUCCAGCUUCCCUCACUCGAACAACGUCGCCGACAUACGAGUCAAGGACGACAACGCAGAAUGCGCUUCUAGCGUCUCAGCGUAUGAUGCUCGAGCACGAUCGGAAUACACAAGCGCAGCUCGGUGUAAUGAGCCUGGCUUCACCGCGUCCCAAGCCCAAGACAAAGAAAAAGAAAGUACCCAAGUCAUCGACGAUGUCGACGCUCUUCGCCACUGCUAGGGCAACGAAGACAAAUGACACGGCAGCUGUCUCGCAAUUGUUUAUGCCGUUGUACUCGGCACCGUUCCUUGGAUUCAAGCACCGAGACUCUGUGACAGGGAACAAGAUUGCCGGUUUGAUCAAGGGCCUCGGUUCGUCUUCGAAAGAGAAGAAUGUGAAGACGGAGGUGGGUCAGGAGCUUGACCCACUUUUGCGACCAACAAUCGAGCACAGUGCCCGUCCAAGCGCUGGUCCGGUUGUGUAUCCUGGGAUGAGUUCCUUGGCUGAUCAGAAUGUGGCUCGUGGCACUGUGCAUCAUCCAACCAUGGGUUACUUUGUCGAGCAAGACGUCGCUCCUGCCACAAAUGGCUCUGCUGGUCAUCAUGCUUAUCAGACCAUUCACCAUGGUACACCACCUGCCACGAACCAGGUUGCCGAGCAACUUGCUGGCUACGAUGUGGGUCCCCACAUAAGCACCAAUCAGUUGUCUGUGCAGCCUACGGUAAUGCCAACGGCCGCGGUGCCAAGCGCAAUGGAUCCCACGGCACCGGUGCACCCAAUCCAUGAGCGCAUUCCAACAUAUGAGCAGGCCCUCACUUCAGUCUCAGAUCCGCAUGCAAGACUUGCGAGGCGCAUAUCGCAAUUGAGGCUGAAUCGUGACUUGCCGGAUGUGCCAGAGAUGCAGCCAUUGGAAUCGGGCAUGCCGUCAUCAAGCUCACAAGAGGUACAAGACAUUCCCGUCGCGAAAGAAAUGCGGCAUGGCGUGCGUGGACACAAUCAAUCGUUGGAGCCUGUUUGGGAGUACGCUGGAGCCGACCCGCAUGUCGUGCCUGUGGCGCCAACCACGGCUGGCAUGACUACUUCUGUCGGCAGGUCGGAUGGGCUCACACAUCCUAUGUGGACGACGCAUGCGUCCUCGGACGAGUACAACGUGGUUCCUCCAGGUGUGUCUUCAGACGCAUACAAGAUGGCGACGCAGUCUGAGCCAGAAGCAGAGCCUGGCGUGGGUGUAUACUGGCGUGGUCGUCCGAUCGAGUACAGCAGCUCUGCGACGCCCGUGGGUGUGCCAGCGCCGCAUGCCGCAUCUGAGACACACAACAAGCACGCAAUGCACGAGCUGCUGCAUGGACGGCACAUCAAGGAGAAUGAUGAGGAGGCACUACUGUCCAAGAAGAAACACCGCAGUGCACACCAGCAGGACUCAUCGACACCUAUCGCAACAGACACACCUGGUCAUUUUCACGAGGGUCCGAUGGAUCAUUUGCUUCAUACAUCAGUCACAGGUGAGGAUCUCCACAAAUCAAAUGGACACACGCACAACACAGAGGAGGCGAUGCAGACUUCCGAUGCCAAGCCUACGCUGCUUCAUGCGCACACGUCGGGCGUGCGUAUUCCAUCCGCAUCACAGCUGAAGGCGCAACAACUUGUGCCUGUGAAUGAGCUAGCUCCCGUGACAGUUCCGGCUGUGACGACGCAAGCCUCUUCUGUCCCACAGGAAGUGCGCAUGGCGACGACGCAUUCAAGCUUGACACAAGGCGGCCUUGCCCCGCCGAUGCCUUCCACGUCGGUGCCAAGUGAGUCUAUGACUGCGACAGUGGAUGCCGCAAUGCCUGUAACCGCGUCAUCUGGAGCAGUGUCCUCGGCUGUGCCAAGUGAGUCUGUGGCUGCGCCAGACAAUGGCACUAUUCCUGGCACGGCUGUGCGCACAAGCGCAGCUCCAGCUACAGCGGCGCCUGCUAUUGCGACCUCGUCAGUGCCUGCUGUUCCUAGUAACGCUGUGACGGCGGCGCCGGCACUCGAUGUUUCUAAGCCAGUGGUGACUACCUCGUCCAAGACUGCUGCUCCAAUGGCUUCCAAAUCACAACAAGAUUUAGGAUCGUUCUUGUCUCGCCAGUCAAUGCCCGCUUCGCUAGCUUCCGCGCAGCUUCCUUAUCCUGCUAUCCCCAUUUACACACUGGCGCAGGUGCCUGCGUCACCUGCCGGUGCUCGGGAACAUGACCCUAAAGUCGCGCACGUCCCCCGGUUGUCUGCGACGGCCAACAAAGAGCAGGACGGCCAGGUGAUCAUGCUGCGCAGAGCCAAUCCUGUUGUUGGGCAAGAGCAGGAGUUGCCUCCCGUGCAACAAACGAUUUCUGAUCAUGAGACGAAAGCGCCGUUACAUCGUGCUCGGUCUCCCAUACAUGCUAUCAACCAUCAUGCAGGACAAAUCUUACUUCCUGUGCGGUCGACAUCGUAUCCACCGGCGACGAUGUUACGCCUUGCUUCGAACAGUGAACAACCGGGUCAGCUGCAGGUCCAAGUUCGUCAUUCAGCACAGGUCCCACCAACUUUGCCGGCUCUAUCUUUCCAAGACAAAGAAUUUGGGCUUCAUGCCAUUUCACUUUUGCCCUAUGACGACAUGCUGUGGCUUCCACAUGUUCCAUCGCAUGACGCAACGCCCGACACAACGAAUCAUCUUACGAGUGUGCUCGAACAGGAACGCCGCGGCAGUCUUUCAUGGUCCAACCGUGUACCGGACCUUGCACCAGCGUAUUUGCGUGCCUCUUUACCAUCCGAGUCGCGCGUGACUCGAGUAAUUUCGCAGGAUCCCCCAACAGCAGAGCCUGUCACCGAGUUUUCCCACGGGUCAUCGCAGCCACAGAAGCAACACCACCCUAUGGCCGUUGUUCUUGAUGAAAGAAAUCUCGCACACUCGUCUCCCGGUGCGCCUGUUGCUUAG